AGAGCUACAACUCCUACCUUCUUUCUCAGUCAGAGACGAUGAAAGAAAGAAACCUUCAUCCAAUCUCUCUCGUCUUAUGCGCCUCCACUUCUCCACGCGCCUGAUCAGCAGCUCACUCCGAUCUCCACGCGCCGCCGCCGUCCCCUUCCGAUCUCUCUGCGCUGACGCUGCCUCUCCGGUCGUCCGAUCGGCGGUGAUUCCAAUGACGGCGGCCGCCUCCUCCUCCUCGACGGCGGCGAUGCCUCCUAUUACCGCCGUGAUCUGCUCGGAGGAAGGGCUCGCGGCGAAGCUGUGGAUCAAGUUCCGGAGAGAGUGCCUCUUCUCCAUGUACAGUCCCUUCGCCGUCUGUAUGGCAGCCGGGAAUCUCAAGAUCGAGACGUUCCGCCACUAUAUUGCUCAAGAUGCUCAUUUCCUCAAGGCUUUAGCUCAAGCGUAUGAAUUGGCGGAGGAGUGUGCUGAUGAUGAUGAUGACAAGUUGGCAAUCUCUGAUUUGAGGAAAAAUGUUAUGGAGGAACUGAAAAUGCAUAAUUCAUUUGUACAGGAGUGGGGCUUAGACAUUGACGAAGAGGUUUCUGUUAACUCUGCUAUGUUGAGAUACACUGAAUUCUUAUUAGCAACGGCCUCAGGAAAAGUAGAAGGAAUAAAAGCUCCUGGCAUGCUUGAUACUCCGUUUGAGAAGACUAAAGUUGCCACCUACACACUUGGUGCUGUGACACCAUGCAUGAAGUUAUACGCCUUUCUUGGUAAGGAGCUGGAAGCACUUCUUGAUCUGAGAGAAGGGAACCGCCCUUGCAAGAAAUGGAUUGAAAAUUAUUCUUGUGAAGGUUUCCAGGCCUCAGCAAAGCAAACAGAAGACUUGCUCGAGAAACUAAGUGUAUGUAUGACUGGGGAAGAACUAGAUAUCAUUGAGAAGUUGUAUCAACAGGCUAUGAAACUUAUAACAGAGUUCUUCCAUGCCCAGCCGCUUGGUCAACCUACCAUAGUUCCUCUGAUCAAAGAGCACAACCCUGAAGAAGAUCAUCUAAUGAUAUUUUCUGAUUUUGAUCUGACUUGCACUGUUGUUGAUUCUUCUGCCAUUUUGGCAGAAAUUGCAAUUGUAACUGCUCCAAAAUCUGAUCAGAGUCAAUCUGAGCAACAAAUUCAUCGGAUGUUGUCAGCCGACCUUAAGAACACAUGGACUCUUCUUUCUAAACAAUAUACAGAAGAGUAUGAAGAGUGUAUCGAGAAUGUUCUAAAGAAGGGAAAAGUGGAGACCUUUGACUAUGCGGGUUUAUGUAAAGCACUAGAGCAGCUCUCGGAUUUUGAGAAAACGGCAAAUCUCCGGGUGAUUGAUUCUGGUGUACUAAAAGGUCUGAAUCUUGAAGACAUCAAAAGAGCUGGGGAACGGUUAAUUCUUCAAGACGGCUGCAUCAAUUUCUUUCAGAAAAUUGUAAACAAAGACAACCUGAGUGCAAAUGUCCACGUGCUUUCUUAUUGUUGGUGUGGUGAUCUCAUCAGAGCAGCCUUUUUUGCGGGGGGAUUAGACGCUGUGAAAGUACAUGCAAAUGAAUUCACAUUCGAGGAGACUAUAUCAACUGGCAAAAUCGUAAGAAAAGUGGAAUCCCCCAUCGACAAGGCUCAAGAGUUCAAAACUAUUUUGCAAAACCGUAGUGGUGAUAAGAAAAGCCUGACUGUUUAUAUUGGAGAUUCAGUGGGAGACUUGCUCUGUCUCCUAGAAGCAGACAUAGGGAUAGUGGUCGGCUCUAGCUCCAGCCUCAGGAGAGUGGGAAACCAUUUUGGCAUCUCCUUUGUCCCGCUGUUCUCUGGUAUUGUUCAGAAACAGAAACAGCAUACUGAAGGAGAUUCUUCUUCAACAUGGAAGGGACUCUCGGGCACGCUUUAUACGGCAUCCAGUUGGGCUGAGGUUCAUGCCUUCAUUCUUGGUUGGUAGAAAACUCGGGUUUUUUUUUUCAUUUCCGCGAGAUCGGUUAAGAGCAUUAUUGAGGAGUGUUAACCGUAUAUACGGGAUUCAAAGAUUAAAAAAAAAAAAACUUCCCCAGUGGCUGAUUUUAUUAAAGAGCCACGCAUAUUGGGUCUUUGGCUUUCUUCCUUUUAUCCAACAGGGACAAGAGUGAUCGGUGUACAACGGUGCAGACAGGAAUCAAGAAAUGUCAAGAGCAAAUUAACAAGCUGUUCUUCUUGCAUACGGUUUCUCCCCUCCCACAAGAUACGUAAGUCUGCAUUAUUGGUGGCUCUCAUACUCUUUUGACAGAUUCUUUACAUAUGAUUUUCUUCUGUGGAAGAAUGAUUCAGAGGGUAGUAUAAUAGAUGAUGAUGGUGGUGGUGGUGGUGGUGGGAUAUGGAUGUUGGUGACUCUUGGCUCAAAUUGGAAGUGUAUGUUUUUCUUUCGCUACA